ACUAGUUCCCCGCCAAAUGCUAGGUUUUCAUUCGGAAACAAACCCUCGAACCAGUAGUAAUCAAAUUCGCAACAGAGGGAGAAAUGGGGGAAAGUGAGAGAGAAAUCGAAGUCCGAAGUCUGAGUGGUGAAUCAACCACCAUAUCUCUUCAUCCAAACACAACCAUUCAAGAACUCAAACUCCUCUUGAAGCAGAACUUCCCUCCCGCUUCAAACUCAUCCAAUUUUCACCUCUUCUUCAAGGGUGUGAAAUUAAGUUUGCACACUCAGAUUAGUAGUCAAUUGACUGGGUCUGGAGACUUCAUAGUUCUUGUUCCAUUUACAAAGAAGGAGGAUCGGCAACAAAUCCAGCAAUCCUGUCAAUUUGCAACGCCCUCAAAAGAUCUGAGUCAAUGUUCAGCCUCAAAAUUUGCUGAUUCAGCAUGGUCUGAUAUGAUGCAAGACCUGUCUUCUUUACGGGACAUAUCAAGCAAUGAAAAUCAACAGAAUAUUGAGUCAGAAAGCAUGAAUUCUGUAGAUAGAAAUGAAUUGAAUAGGGGAUCUUCUGUUAGUCAGUCUUUGGGGAACAAAUGUAAGAGAGGGUUCAACUGCGGUAAACAGGAAGAACACACUGAUGACCUUAUAUUGGGCAUCUUGCGAUCAUCCGAAAAGACUGAACUUGAUGAACAAAAUUGGCAAAGACUUACUCGGGUUUUGGAGUUGGUGGAUUGUUUAUCCAAUCCAAAUUCUGGGAACUGCAUGUUAAUGGAAGCAAACCUACAUGAUGGUAAUAAGGACUUAUCUGCGAAUAAGAAUAGUUUGUGCGUUUGUCCGUCUUGGCUGAAGACUAUUAUAAAGGCGUUUUCCUUCUUAAACAUUUAUUCUGCAUUUCGUCAACUGCGACGGGAAGAAAUCACAUGGACUGGUUUGAAGGAAGCACUGGAACAUCUCCAUAAAUUUGGACUUCAAGUUGGUAUUGCUGACCUAGAGCAUCUUUCUGUACUUUGUCCUAAGGUUGUACAUUUUGUUAACAAUGAAACAGAGGGUACGAAAUCACUCAAUGUCCUUGUUAUUGUCAAAUCUUCAACGGAGUGGAGAAAUCAAGUUGAGGCAAAUCCUUGUACUGCUCUGAAACGUUCACCUAUAUCGAAGAUUGUCAAUGCAGUGAAGAAACGGGAAGGUGCAUUCAGAACAAAUCUGUUGGGGACUGUUAAAUUGUUAAUGCGUAAAAGUGGAUUUGAGAGUGCCAAGUUCUUUUCCUUGGAAGAUCUACUCACAUUUGUGAAGGAAGGUGGCACUGUUGCAAGUGAAAAUGAAGCCAAACGGGUAAGGAGAAGUUUGGCUUCAGGUUUAGGUUCAUCUUCAGGUUCUCAUUCAUUCGAAGCACGAUGUCAUGACACAAAUCAAUUGCAACCUAUGGAAAUGGUUGAACAUCUGAGAAGGGGCAUUGGAUCUCAAGGGCAGGUGGUGCAUAUUGAAGAAAUCAGUGCCAGGGUUGCCAACCAUGUCGAAGUACCAAAUGAACUUUCAGAUAACACAAAAUCUGCUCUUAAAUGUAUUGGAGUGACUAGGUUAUACAGCCACCAGGCUGAGUCAAUUCGGGCUUCCCUCACUGGCAAGAACAUAGUUGUGGCAACAAUGACAUCCAGUGGAAAAUCUCUUUGCUAUAAUGUUCCAGUUUUGGAAGCAUUGUCCCAAAAUUUGUUAGCAUGUGCUCUGUACAUGUUUCCGACAAAGGCCUUAGCUCAAGAUCAACUAAGAGCAUUGUUAGCCAUGACAAGAGGAUUUGAUGCUAACCUGAAUAUUGGUGUAUAUGAUGGGGACACUUCUCAGGCAGACAGGAUGUGGUUGCGUGAUAAUGCUAGAUUGUUGAUCACAAAUCCUGAUAUGUUACACAUGUCAAUCUUGCCAUUUCAUGGACUUUUCCACCGAAUUUUAUCAAAUCUUAGGUUUGUCAUCAUUGAUGAAGCCCAUGCUUAUAAAGGAGCAUUUGGUUGUCAUACUGCUCUUAUAUUUAGGAGACUUCGCCGGCUCUGUUCUCAUGUGUAUGGUAGUGAUCCUUCUUUUGUAUUCUGUACUGCAACUUCUGCAAACCCACGUGAGCAUGCGAUGGAGCUCGCAAAUCUGCCAACAAUGGAGUUGAUUCAGAAUGAUGGUAGCCCUUCUGGUCCGAAACUUUUUGUCCUCUGGAAUCCUCCUUUAUGCCUGAAAACUGUUUCAACAAGUAGCAUGGACGCCAACAAAUCUUCUGAUAAGAAUGUUAUUUUCAGACGCUCAAGCCCAAUUUUGGAGGUUUCACGUCUCUUUGCAGAAACUGUUCAGCAUGGACUUCGUUGCAUUACAUUUUGCAAAUCACGCAAACUUUGUGAACUUGUUCUAUGCUAUACGCGUGAGAUUCUUCAGGAGACAGCACCUCAUCUCGUUAACUCUAUUUGUGCGUAUCGUGCUGGUUAUAUUGCUGAGGAUAGGAGGAGAAUCGAGAGAGACAUUUUUGGCGGAAAUAUUUGCGGUGUUGCUGCUACAAAUGCCCUUGAGUUGGGCAUUGAUGUUGGAUACAUUGAUGUGACGCUCCAUCUAGGCUUUCCUGGUAGUAUAGCUAGUCUGUGGCAACAAGCUGGAAGGUCAGGGAGAAGGGAAAAGCCAUCACUUGCUAUUUUUGUUGCAUUUGAAGGGCCUCUUGAUCAGUACUUCAUGAAAUUUCCCCAGAAACUCUUCAAGAGUCCAAUUGAGUGUUGUCAUAUUGAUGCUCAAAAUUAUCAGGUUCUUGAACAGCACCUUGUAUGUGCUGCUCUUGAACACCCAUUGAGCUUAGUUCAUGAUGAGAAUUAUUUUGGUCCCGGCUUAAAGAAUGCCGUUAUGGAACUUAAAAUUAAAGGAGCCUUGAGUGUUGAUCCAUCACGUGAUUCUUCUGCUAGAAUAUGGAGCUAUAUUGGGCAUGAGAAAAUGCCUUCACAUGGUGUUAAUAUUCGGGCAAUAGAGACUGAGAGGUACAAAGUAAUUGACAAGCAAAAGAACGAAGUCCUUGAAGAGAUUGAAGAAAGCAAGGCUUUCUUUCAGGUUUAUGAAGGUGCCGUGUAUAUGCAUCAAGGAAAAACCUAUCUGGUGAAGGACUUGGAUAUUUCAAGUAAAAUUGCUUUGUGCCAAAAAGCUGAUUUGAAGUAUUAUACAAAGACUCGUGAUUACACAGAUGUUCAUGUCAUCGGCGGUGAUAUAGCCUAUCCAGCAAGGAUUUCCGAUAUCCAGUUUCCAAGAACAACUGCCCAUGCAAAUUCUUGCAAAGUAACAACUACUUGGUUUGGUUUCCGUCGUAUAUGGAGAGGAAGUAACCAAGUCUUUGAUACAGUUGAACUUUCACUUCCUAAUUAUUCAUAUGAAUCACAGGCAGCUUGGAUUCGAGUCCCGCAAUCAAUAAAAACAGCUGUGGAGAAUAAAAAGUUAUCAUUUCGUGCAGGCUUACAUGCUGCUGGUCAUGCUCUUCUUAAUGUAGUGCCUCUACAUAUAAUUUGCAACUCGUCCGAUCUGGCUUCAGAGUGUGCAAAUCCUCAUGAUACCCGCUAUGUUCCUGAAAGAAUUCUAUUAUAUGAUCAGCAUCCUGGAGGGACUGGCAUUUCAGCACAGGUUCAACCACUUUUCACUAAACUAUUAACCGCUGCUUUGGAACUUCUCAUAUCAUGCUGCUGCUCAGGAGAUACUGGUUGCCCCAACUGCGUUCAAAGUCUAGCCUGUCACGAGUAUAAUGAGGUUCUGCACAAGGAUGCGGCCAUAAUGAUUAUUGAGGGUGUUCUAGACGCUGAGAAGUCCUCCGGCUAACUUUUCCGAUUAUAACAUUCUCUAAGAGGAGCCACAAUGAAAUAUUUGUUUUAUUUGUUCAGCAACAAGCUAGAAAAAGUAGCUAUCAUAUAUAUUUACAUGCAGCCCUUGUUUUAUUCGAGAGGGUUGAAAUUCAUUUUCUGUAUUUUUCUUCAGUAGACCAAAUGUUAUUGUAACUUACGGAAAAAAAUAAAAUAAAAAAUUAUGUUAUUCAUAAAAAAAUUAUGAAUUGAACUAUCUUAUUAUUUAUUUAUAAUAAUAAUAAUAUCGUUAAACCUAAAAAUCUAUAUUGUCCGUUCCUUAUUUCAUCUUGAAAAUUUUUUAACUGCAGGUCACUCAAG